AUUUAAUUCCAUUGUCAACGACCACGUCAAGAUUACUACCAUGUAUUUAUCAUCCAAUUCAUGAUGGGGUUUUGCAAGUAAUUAGUCUAGAUUUUGAAUUCCAAACCGCAACAUGAAUCCCACAAACCGUUGCACGAAAGAAGACGUAGAAGAAUGGCUAAAACCUACUUUACGAAAAGAAGGUUUAAAAGACUACACAAUUAAUAUAUCAGGAAGUUCAGCAAAAGGCGAUGGCUAUCUGGGUGACAUAACCUUUGUGGAAGUUAGUGGCAAAUCUGCAACAAACGAAGAAAAAGUGUACAGUUUUGUGAUCAAAAGUGGAAAGAAAAGCACCGAAUUACGUGACAUUAUGCCUAUAAAAUCAGCUUUUGAAAAUGAAAUGCUCUUCUACAACAAAAUUCUACCAGUAUUCAUCGAUUUUCAGAAAGAAAAGGGUGUAAAGGAACCGUUUAAUAAUGCCCCGAAAUGUUACGAUACAAUAAUUUUGGAGGAUAUGGAAGUGUUGAUUUUAGAAAAUCUCAAGCAAAGAGAUUUCAUUUUACACGAUCGCAAGUUUCCGAUGAAUAGGGCCCACGUGGAAAAAGUUGUGAAGACGUACGGUAAACUACAUGCUAUUUCAUUUGCUUUACGAGACCAGAAACCAGAUCUAUUUAAACAAUUGUCACGAGAAUUGGUAGACAUCCUUAAACUUAUAAAAAAAACCAUGAAGCCUCCUCCAAAAACAUAUAACCUAUAUGGGACCAUUAUAAAAUAUGCAGAAGAGGACAACGAACACGAAGUUGUUGCAAAAGCUUAUUCUUUACAUGAAAAAGUAGAAAACGCGCAUGAAAUAACAAACCCCAACGAUCCUUAUGCAGUCAUUCUUCACGGAGAUUGUUGGAAUAACAACUUUAUGUUUAAAUAUGCGGACAACAAGUCCAGUCUACUUGAUGUAUGUUUACUGGACUUCCAACUAAGCAGAUUAGCAUCACCUGUUUAUGACCUUUCCUAUUUCCUCUUUACUUCUAUUUCUGAAGUAGACAUAAAAGAUUUUGACGAAAUUGUAGAACUAUAUUAUCGUAGCUUGUCAGACUCUUUAAGAGAAAUGGGAAGUGACCCUAAUCAAAUGUUUCCUUAUGAAGAACUACUGAAACAGUGGAAAACUUAUUCCUUGUUUGGGCUCAUGAUGAUGCCAAAUAUUAUAAACAUUUGUUUGUCCGAACAAGACGAAGUUCCUGAUUUAGUGGAAGCAGCAGAAUCUGAUGGAGAUUUUGGUAAGAUGUUUAUAAGGUCUGUAAAAAGUAAAGAACAGUAUCGCAGAAGAACAAUACCUAUCAUAAAGCUGGCGAUUGAAAAAGGAUUUGCGCAGUGACUGUAACUGACUAAUAUAAAGUAUUUAUUAUUA